AUGGGUAAAGAUAAGAAGAGAGACAGUAAAAAGGGGGAGAAGGCCAUGGCCGCUUCUAUCCAUGACCCAUCCAUCGACCUGGCAACUUCCAAUCAGAAUGUCCCACCUCUUGCAGAGCCAGGGGACGAACACCUGGCUACUCAGGUAGUUUCCAAAGAAGAAACUAAGGACCCAGAGCACCCUUCUGCCCCUGAGCCCAUUGAGUAUGAAGAGCCAAUCCUCACGCAACUCAUUGUCGAAAGGUACGAGGGAGAAAAGGUCCAUGGAUUAUAUGAAGGGGAAGGAACUGCCUAUUUUCAAGGAGGCAACAUAUACAAGGGCAUGUUUUCAGAAGGCCUCAUGCAUGGGCGAGGGACUUACACGUGGAUUGAUGGAGUGCAGUACGAGGGAACCUUUGUGAAGAACCUGCAAAUGAAUCAUGGCAGUUACAAGUGGCCAGACGGCAGCAUGUAUGAAGGCGAGGUGAAGAACGGGAUUAGGCACGGUUUUGGCAUGUACAAGUGUGGCACCCAUCCUGUUUCGUAUAUUGGCCAUUGGGUUGAAGGCAAGAGACAUGGCAAGGGCACCAUUUACUACAGCGAAGCAGGUUCUUCUUGGUACGAAGGAGACUUUGUGAACAAUAUAAAAAGUGGAUGGGGAAUAAGAUGUUACAAAUCUGGAAAUAUCUAUGAAGGCCAGUGGGAGAGAGACCUGCGCCAUGGAGAGGGACGAAUGAGGUGGCUCACAUCUAACCAAGAAUACACUGGGAAGUGGGUUAAUGGCACACAGCAUGGGAGUGGUACCCACACUUGGUAUCUGAAGAGAAUCCCUGGGUCACAGUAUCCCCUAAGGAACGAAUACAUGGGCGAUUUUGUCAACGGUGAUCGGCACGGGCACGGGAAAUUCUUCUUUGCGAGUGGCGCAAUGUACGACGGAGAAUGGGUUUUGAACAAAAAGCACGGCAGGGGUAAGCUCGUCUUCAAGAACGGCCGUGUGUAUGAAGGUGAAUUUAACUACGAUCACGUAGCAGAGUAUCCAGCCUUGCAAAUUGACAUGACAAAUGUGGAAAAACUGAGCAACCUGUGUCUGAAAGGUUCUUCUGGCAUAGAUAGCGUCAAAGUGGUCGAUCACCCAAGAAGCUCAUCUACAUCAGGACCAAACAUUGAAGUAGACCUAUCAACGUUGUUGGCUUUAUUUCCAGAAAAAGAUAAGGAAGAUGAAAUCAAACAGACAGAGUAUGCUGUGCUGAGACACAUCUCCGAGCUGAGGAGGAUCUACACCUUUUACAGCAGCCUGGGCUACAAUCACUCCCUCGACAACACCUUCCUGAUGACCAAGCUGCAGUUCUGGAGGUUCUUGAAGGACUGCAAGUUUCAUCACUGCAACCUGACGCUUGCGGCGAUGGACCGGAUCCUGAACGAUAAAACAUUACUGGAAGAGAUUCAUUCUCCAUAUGAGACUUUGCUACUUAGGAUGUUUUUGACGUAUCUUAUUUAUUUGUCCUUCCACAUUUAUCACAAGGAGUUUGACGACAGAAGUCCCCGCCUGUUCAAGUGCUUCUCCAAGUUGAUGACCAAGAAUAUUAGUCCCAACGCCUGCCAUAUCAAAGGCCUUUUGUUCAGUGAUCGACCGCAAGCAGUCUGCGUGCUCAGUUACAUUGACAAGUGCUGGGAGAUUUUCCAGGCGUUCUGUAGACCUAGAACAGUAGCUCCUUACGAACCUACGAUGAAGAUGAGAGAUUUCCUUUGGAUGCUGAAAGAUUUAAGACUCAUCAGCAAACAACUAACAGCUACCAAGGUUGUGAGUAUUCUGGCCAAAGACACCCCUUGUGUCUCUGAUGCGGAGACCACGAAUCUGGAGCAUGAGAUUGUCUUCCUUGAGUUCUUUGAAGCUCUGGUAGACUGUGCCCUUCUUUACGUCACUGAUGAGAUGUUGAAGCAGCAAGCCGAAGAGGCUAGCCAUGCAAUGACCGCUUCCUUCGGAACAGAGGAGUUCACGGACAGGAGCGGAGUGUCUCCUUUGGCUCCCGAACUGUCUUCUCCUCAGUCCUUUCACACUAGAAGCACCAGCAGCGACGAAGCAAGCACUGAAAACGCUGACGCCAGCUCCAGCCAUGUUAGCGCCAAAAGCUCCUCUAGCAAGAUUGUGCAUUUCGUGGAAGUGGGCAAGACCAAGAAAUCCGAAGGCCAUAAAAAGGGAAGUCAUAACGGCAUCACCGUGGACGUCGUGUUUUCUCCCAUGCCAGAAGAGAAAGCAGCAACGGCUGAAAUUCGGCCAAUCGUAGGAGGGGAGCAGGAUAGGAACCUGAGUACUCCAAUGAAAGAACUAGCAGGUGAGACUUACAAGGUGUUUUUUGGAAACAGAGCCAGUAAGCGGGUGCUGUCUCCCUUCAUUGCUGCAGACCAGGUUUCCUCCAACUUGGACAGCAUUAGGUUGGGGAAGGCUGGGCUGGAAAAAGAGAAAAAUGAGCAAAAAGACAAGCUCAAUCUGUGGAUGAGUCAGAUGUACAUUUUCUUCGUCAAAUGUUUUUUUGCCAACUACAAGAACUUGCAGGUGGUGAAAGAAACCACUGCAGACAACAGAGUCCGAGAAGCUGAACUGUUGGUGCUGUGGAAAAUCCAAGAGGAGGAAGAAGAGGCCAAGCUCCAGGCGAUGAUGGAGGCCGAGGCAGCCAGGAAGUUGGAAGAAGCUGCUGCUGAAAAAGCAGCCUUAGAACUAGAGGAAAAUUUGAGUCGCGAGGUGGAGGAAGGUUUGAUCCAGCUCCAGUCUCCUCCCAAGGACGACUCUCCUGCUUCAUCUCUGGUCCCACCCAGCAGCAAGGCCAGCUUGGCCAUGAAGAAGAAGAAGAAGUGA